AUGUUCGAUACUGGUGGAAUAUCAAUGAGAAUCCCUGAGUUUUUAUGGAAAGAGAUCUUAACCAAAUAUGGGGAUGGAACUUCCAGCAUCGAUUGUAAUAAGAUGAGAAGCGCAAAUCCAUACGUAAAGUUCCUUGCUAGUGAAUCUGAAGCUCUGAUGGAAUACCCGUUGGCUGAUAGUCUACCCGAGGGAUGCGCUUCUGUGAGUUCUCUUGAUGGGGUGAGAGCUACACUGAGUGGACCGACUAGUCCGCCUCUCUUCAAAAACUAUUACACUGUAUGGGAUUAUGAACAUAAUUCAUACUACAUUGGUAAAAGGAAUAAAAACCCUGGCCCACCUGAUAUUGAAAUUAUAUCCAAGGAUACAGAAUGGACGCCUAAAAAAUUGCAUUCAUAA